CAUUCACAACUGAAAUGAACGAACGUGACUACAUAGAUACUAGUGUUGACGAAUCGAAACCAACCUUAGUUUCUAAAACGAAAGAAGGAUCGUUCGAUAAAAAGACCAUGCCGAAGAAAAAGAAAACGCAUUUAUCAGAAAAUAAACAGGCUACUCAGGUUCGGGUACAUGAAGAUUUAGAAGCGAACGAGAAAGACGACAUUCCAGAUGCAGAAACCGUGAGAAAAAUGAAAGAAAAAUUGAUUAAUGAAAAACCCGAGUUGAGACAGGUGUUUCAAUAUAUGGACAAGAUGUCUGAAGACAGAUUGAAGCAUGCACAAGACUCUUCUUUUGUUCUUAAAAAUGAGAGAGGAUUUGUUACACCGGAACUUCUAUUACAAUAUCCGAACUCGCCUACAGCCAAGUAUACAAUGGAAGCACUGAACCAUUACAUGUAUGCAUUUAGCAUAUUAUGGAGUUACUCUAAACCAAGAGUUCUUCUGCAGAGUGACUGUGAUUUUUUACAACCUGGACUACACCACUUCAUUGAGGGAUACAUGAUUGCACAGUAUAUGCGCCAGCAGUUUCCUUUGCCCCCAUCGUUCACAGAUUGGGUAGAAGAUUAUCUAAAAUUGAGACCAAAUGAUAUUUUGGUGGAAUAUAUUCAUGUGAAAGCUAUUGUCGGUUGGAAGACGCAAACGUUGUCUGACUAUGAACACUGCAAGGAAACAAUACGAGCACUUGAAAUAUUUGUUCAUAAAUUACAGCCAUACGCUAAAAAUCAGGACACAGCCAAACGAAUCCUUAUUGACUCGUAUUACGUGUUGGGUGCGAGAUAUACAACAACAGACCAAUAUGAACGAGCCUUGGAUGCAUUUGAGAAAUGUUAUGCUUUAGAUGAGACAAAUAUAGCCGCGAUAUACAGCGUUGCCUUUCACUACAAAAAUAAAGAUCCCGAAAAGGCCUUACAGUUUUGUAAUAAAUAUCUGGAUAUGGCGCCAAAAUGUGAUGAAAAAUUUCCGAACGUUCAUUAUGUAAUGGGUUAUAUCUACGCAUGUCAUUUGAAAAAUAUUGAACUUGCGAAAAAGCACUAUCAUCUUGGAAAGAAAGCAGAAACAUACAGAUUGCCGUUUAACCCACCUACUGAUUUUAAUCCAAAAUCUUUCCUUGAAUCGAUCAUGCCUCUUGCAGCAACAAAUAACGCAAUGCUUCAGAAAACUUUGGAACAUAUGGAUAUGAAGAAAUUAACACAAUGAUGAUUUUAAAUUUUCAAGCGAUACGUGUAUGUAUUUCCAACAAAUAUAAGUGUGAUUUAUUAUUGAUAUCUAGCAUAUAUGAUAGCUUCCUCGCGUGCCCUCUCACAGCGGUUAGGGAAAAUUUAGCAUAUAUGAUAGCUUCCUCACGUGCCCUCUCACAGCGGUUCGGGGGCAAUUAAGCAUAUAUGAUAGCUUUCCUCACGUGCCCACCCACAGCGGUUAGGGACAAUUAAGCAUAUAUGAUAGUUUCCUCAAGUGCCCUCCCACAGCGGUUUCUGGGCAAUUUAGCAUAUAUGAUUGCUUUCUCACGUGCCUACCCACAGCGGUUAGGGGCAAUAUUUCGUAACAAGACAAACAUUAACUUCAUCCUUGACAGGUUAAGAAAAAGUUUAUAUUGCAACA